AUGCCCGCCUCCUCAGUAAGAGACGAGGAAUAUGUCACUGUAUUUCACGGACCGGUCACAGCAGAGGGUAAACCACUCACAUCAAGAACCCUAUUUCAUCAUUUCUCUAGAGUUGUCGAGCAGGUGCACGUUCAAAACGGCUAUUGGCGCUUCCAAUCAGAAGGAGACGGUCGCGAUGAUGCUCGAGCUUUCUGCAAAGGACUGCAGAGCGCCGAGGAAGUCAUCUUAAGUGAGAUGCUCGGCAUGGGCUCUCACGACGAUAUAGAGCUACGAUGGAUAUCUGGAAAAUCAGACUCAUAUCGCAUCGCUCGCCGGGGAACUGCAAAGCAGCACCUUCGGGCGAUUUUGGAGGAGCGAAGGAUUCUCGGACUGCCAGACCUAGGUGAACAAGAGGUCCCUGUAUAUCCUAUUGAUCGCGAGCGCAAGUUAUCUCAACUUCGGACCGGGAAGCAUCGCAAGCAACAGUCCACCUGGGAGAAGACUUCUGCGGAGCCUUCGGCUAACGGAAAAUCGAACCACUUGACCUCACUAGAAUUAAGGUUAGGAAGUCGAUCGCGCACCGAUGCCCUAGCAUCACCGACUAUUCUCUCCACACAAUCUUCACCAGAUAGAAACCGACAUAUGAGUUUGCGAUUGGCCAACACUGUGUCCCUUUCUCCGGCACUGCAGCCUAGGGUAAUUAGCAGCAAUGUCCAGGCUCGAGCUAGUCAAGCACUUAGGAGUUCUAGUCAUGGGACUGUACCGCAACCAGAUACAAAUAUGACAGACUUUCAGAGUGCGAUAGAGCACCACGAAAUUCACAGUCGUCGGUCAGGGUUAGAUGGUAAAAGUCUUGCGAAGACGCCAACACGAUCCGUUGCGCUCAUAUCUCACUCAAAGCCUCCCCCAGAUCGAAAUGAUUCAGCGUCCUCCGACCAGACUCAGACACAACCCUAUGAUUCCAGUUCGAGCGAGGAGGCACAACGUCAAGCUAGUACACUCUAUCGUUCACCCAAUCGACGAGACAUGAUCCAACAAGAUGUCUCUUCAAUCUUUAUGAGACCGGCUAGCGAUGAGGAAGUGAAGACUGACAAGACGACUAGAUAUGGGGCGACAAGUGUCAGCAAAACCAGCGUCCAAGAAGUACGUUAUCUACACCCAAGGUGUAGCGUGGCUGGUCCGUAUUCGAGAGGCACACCUCCUGCUUCUGGUCUUGUAAUCAAGGCGCAAAGCAGCACAAUGGACACGCCAGCUGUAGGGGAGGAGAAGCAGGCCCUGGGGCUUCACGAUAUUUUUGACUCGGACUCCGAUGAGUCCACCGCGAUCUUCAUGGCCAACGAAAAAGAAAAGAAAGCAGUUGCUUCGCAGGCUAGCACCACUGCCCCUGAACUCAACACCUCAGAUUUCAGUAUGAUUAUAAACGAUAUUCAUGCUAACCACACUUCGCCUUCAGACCUGGCAAAUUCCAAGGAGAAUUCACAAGCCAGCGAUAAAGGCCAGGAGACUGCGACUUCCCUAAUUAUUGACUUAACAGAUGGCGACUCAGUCACUGGAUAUGUUGCUCCUUGUGACCCCCCUAUUCUCAAAAAAGAGACGCCUUUCGGUUUGAGCGAUAUCUUAUCCAGCACGCUAUUACUGUGCAUGGAAUGCGAUCAACUUCAAAGUCACCAGUCAGACUGUCACAUAGGCAGUGUGCAAUUCCAGCCCCUGGUAGAAUUAAACAUGCUCCAGCUUCGAAGUAUUGCGGACGCCGUCGAACGCAACGAUCCUGAGCCUUGGCGGGAACACCAAGGACCACCAAGAACGCCCUCUCCAGACCCCGAUAGGAUAAACGACCUAGCGGAGAUAGCGAGGGACCUUGGAGCGAGGGAUGACCCGGAUUUGAAAGAUUUACCAGACAGUAUGCUGCUCCUGAUGUGGUCGCUGAAGAAUGCGCCGGGUGCAAAAGUCCUCAGACAUGGUCAAGAUGGCGAAAAUUACGAGGAACACUGCAGUCAAGAGGAAAUGGAGGAAAUGGAGACUCGAAUGAGGAGAGCAGCAUAG